UUCUCUUCUACCUAAUUAAUCAAGUUCAACAAAUGGAGCCUAUGUUGGGUGCUAUUUCAUCUGGUGAAUGGAGCAACUUCAAUGGGAUUUAUUGCUCAGAAGAAACUGAUCACAAUGAUCAUCAUCAUUUCAUGGCUUCUGAUCACUAUUUUCUAGCUGGCUGUGGGGUCACAAAUGAUGAUCACUUGACAAUUGAAACCUCAAGCUUAGAUGAUCAAAUCCCAUUUACCAUUUGGCCAGGAACUUCUUAUUCACAUAAUUCAAGUGUUUCAGAAAUUGACAAUUACCCUUGUAGUUUCUCACAAGGAAUGAUUAAUACUAGUCCUUAUUCUCACCCAGUUACUUGGCUGACAAGCAAUAAUGUCUCUGUUGAAUUCAGUGAAGAAUGUCAAAACGAAAACUUGUUUCUUGUUGAUCCUGAUCACAGCCAAGAAUGGCAGAACCAAGAAGUGAGCAAUAAUGGAACCAUUAAUGGGGAAGAAUCUGGUGUAAACCAGCUAACUACAUCAGCUGUUGUUGAUCACUUUUCUCCACACAAAUGGGAAUGUGAUCAAAUGACAGUACCUGAAUCUUCAACUGUGGCAAGUGGAGUCACAUCUGAGAAUUCUAAGAAGAGGUCUAUCAGUCCAUCUCAUGAAGAGCCAAAACACAAGAGGAAUGUAAAGUCAAGGAAGAGUAAAAAACAACUUGCUCUGAUGAGUGACAAUGAAGAAGAUGGCAAUAGUGCAGGCACCGAUAAAGGACACUCGAACAGCUCCCUUUCGGAGGAACAACACUCGAAUGAUUCUGUUGAUGAAGAGCUAGGAGAAAGAGCUUUAAGCUUGAGUCCAAAAGAACCUACAGCUUUGAACCUUAGUGGGAAAGCAAGAGCUUCAAGAGGGUCUGCAACCGAUCCUCAAAGCGUCUAUGCCAGGAAGAGAAGAGAGAAAAUCAAUGAGAGGCUAAAAGUACUACAAAACCUUGUCCCAAAUGGAACAAAGGUUGACAUUAGCACUAUGCUUGAAGAAGCUGUCCAGUAUGUGAAGUUCUUGCAGCUUCAAAUCAAGCUCUUGAGCUCUGAUGAACUAUGGAUGUAUGCUCCCCUAGCAUACAAUGGAAUGGACAUGGGCAUGGGCAUGGGACUUGAUCAUCUGAGGCUCGCCGCCGCGUCCAGGCAAUAGUUUUAGCUGCUAAUCCCCUUAUAAGUUGCUCUUAAUACAAAAUUUAAUUAGACACUGAAGGGAUAAGCACAGCUUUUGACAUGAACACAAGAUGGUAUUCCCAUUUCAACCACUCUUUUUAUCGAAAACACUAAACAAUUCGUCGCCAGCUUCGUCAUCUUCAUCGCUAUCCUGAUCAAAUCCAGAGGUUUAAUUUAAAGAAUGAGACAUCGUUAAUCCUAUUUUUUGAGGAACAAUAGCUUAACUCCACCUUGUAUUGUAUUCUCUGUUUCAGUACAAGAAUAUAUUUUCAUAUACAUGUACAAAAAUUCAUAUUGCUUAAAUUCAUUAGUCCUGAAAUGUAUUUUUAUAAGGUUACACUACUCAAUAAUACUCUAAAGUGAUCUCAGAACACAUCUUAUUUGUUGUUGGUUGUGAAAUCUUAAAUUAUAUCUAUACACAUAAUCAAAAGUUUAUGGAAUUAUUAGCAAUGAUUCGAUGUGUAAAUACUAAAUCCUACUGUCAACAUGGAUUAAUCAAUCGUGUAUUUAUGUAGAUCAUCACCAAAUCUUGAUGGCUUCUUCCGA